ACAUGGCAUGCGCUUCAAGCGCUAGUGCAAGUCAAACGUAGUGUCGAAGUCGAAUAGAAGCGGUGAUAUAUUUAAUAGAUAGGCUAAUUUUUAGUAAACUCGGCAUCGCCCGAUACCAAAUUAACGGUUAAAUACUUAGGAUAAGUUUACAACAUUCCUUGAAAUCAUACUCAGCACUGGAAUAUACCGAGGAAUCGUCCACGAUACCCUUAUAGUGAGUGAAAAAAAUGAGUUACAAGAAUAGUACUCGUAUUUGUUGAGCCAUGACAGUGUAAAUCCAAGAGGAUUUGGACUAUUUUGACAUUAAUCCUUCAACGUCUUUGUGAAGUGCAGAAUAAACUUUGAAAUCCAAGGACCUCCACUUGCAGUUUACCAUAAAAAUACUAUAAGCCAAAUAAUACCAGGAAGAUGCGAGAGUACAAGAUCGUUGUGUUGGGUUCGGGGGGUGUAGGCAAAUCAGCACUAACAGUGCAAUUCGUGCAAGGAAUUUUCGUAGAAAAAUAUGAUCCGACAAUAGAAGACAGUUAUAGGAAACAAGUCGAAGUCGAUGGACAGCAAUGCAUGUUGGAAAUUUUAGAUACUGCUGGAACUGAACAAUUUACUGCUAUGAGAGAUUUGUACAUGAAAAAUGGCCAGGGAUUCGUUUUGGUUUAUUCAAUUACGGCUCAGUCAACAUUUAACGAUCUCCAAGACCUCCGAGAGCAAAUUCUUAGAGUCAAGGAUACAGAUGAUGUCCCAAUGGUUUUAGUUGGAAAUAAAUGUGAUUUGGAAGAUGAAAGAGUUGUAGGCAAAGAGCAAGGCAGCGUCCUGUCUCGCCAGUUCAACUGUGCCUUUAUGGAAACUUCUGCCAAAGCCAAAAUUAAUGUUUACGAUAUAUUUUAUGAUCUAGUUCGACAAAUUAAUAAAAAAUCUCCAGAGAAGAAACAAAACAAGAAAAAGAAAUCGCUUUGUGCGCUUCUAUAAAAUAACUGCACUUGGAACCAAAAAGUACAUUUAAAAAAUAAAGACUAUCACAUACUAUAAAGGUGCAACAGUGUAAAAGCGUGAGGCAGGUGCGGACUCGCGGUACAACUGCGGUUGAGAAUUUGAAAUAAGUAUAGCCCUAUAUAAAUGUUCUUUUAAAAGUCGCCGAAUAAUCUAUGUUGUCCGUCAUUUUCCAAAAGUUAAGGUUGUUAAUUAGAUGCAAUUUUAGUGAUAGGGUAUUUAAAAAUACUGCCAAUUUGUGGUGUCAAAUAGAAGUAGAUCUUUUAAGCACUCCUGCCGAGUACCUUAAACUUUCAGACAUCUUUAUAGGACAAUACUUUUAGCAACAGAAAAUCUUGUACUGGGCGAAAGCAACGUUUCUUUGUCUGCAAAUUCCUCAAUUACUAAGCUAUGGCUCAUUAAGAAAAGCUGGAAUGUUGUCAAAAGUUCUAUAUUUUACUUAUCUUGAGUGUCACCACUGCUUAUAUCACCAAUGUUUAGAUUGACCUUAACUUUGUGCUACAUGUGGCACUAAGGCGUUUCAAGUGUAGGUCGGACCUUCGCGUCAUUGUGAUAGUAAAUCCCUUUGGUGCUUAAACUAGCCGGUGUUCUUCAUGCUAUGAUAAUUUAGAAUAGAAAAGUUUUCCUCGCUAGUUGUGUUGAAUUUUAUAUCUAAUCACACGAAACCAAACGUUUACGUUACUAUUAAAAUACUUUAAAAUUCAAUCUGUUAAGUCUUCCAUUUGUAACAUCUACAUGUGUAAUUGGGUUUUUAACUAUAAAAGUCUCAUUAAUUAAUAAUUUAAGCAGUGGUGUAACAUAGACGUUAAUUUGACAAUAUAACAUUUAUUGGUAUGGCAGUUUUUUUUUCACAUUUAACAUACUUUGAAAGCGGAUUAGUGUACAGGGUGUAGGAGAUUUAAAAUAGAGAAGCAUAACGGCAGAGAGGAUUAUUAAAUUAAAUAUCGGAAUAUGUUUUUGAGCCUUUGGAAGGAAGACCUAUGUAUUGUGUGUACAGGGUGAAUUAUUUUCAAAUUGAUUCUUAGAUCUGGUAAAUUGAAACUGAAAUUAAUUAAACGCCUAUUGUUUUUUUACCCAUUAGAAGAAAAUACCAAUAAGUUCGCUGGUAUAAAACAGUGCAAUGGCUUUUUUAACACAGCGAUCUGUAUAUGCCAAGAUAAUUCAUACUGUACAUGUAGGGGCUUAUGUAUAUUGGUUUUAUAGUUCAGUCUGGAUAUACUGCGAUUCACUUAGAUUUAAAUUCACAACACAUAAACUUGCAUAAUGUAUUUAAAUAUCCAAAUAUGUUUAUUUUAUGUAUUUAGAACAAACAUUGGAAUUUUAUAAUAUGAGUUAUAGUUUUCAUUUGAAUUGUAUAAAUGCUUCUGUCUUUUAUAAUGGCUAACUAAAUAAAUAUUAGAUUAAUUUGUUCUUGAAUACUAAUAAAAGAUCAUUUAAAGGA